GUUGGUCAUAUUGACGAAAGAGGCAAUAUUUCCAUGGUCGAUGUUUCAAACAAAGAAACAACUGUGAGAAGUGCCACGGCAGAAGCAAAAGUUUUUAUUGGAGAGGAAGUGUACAAGAAGUUGCUAGAUUCGAAGCAUUCCGAUAUUAUAGAAACAGCAAAGGGUAACUUGUUUGCUGUUGCCCAGAUUGCCGGUAUUCAGGCAGCAAAGAGAACCAGUGAGUUGAUUCCACUCUGUCAUCCUCUUCUGCUUCAUCACGUGGAUAUUCAACUCUCACUGGAUCGAGGGCAACAUCUUAUUUAUAUAAGGUCAACUGUGAAGACCAAGGCAGAAACAGGAGUAGAGAUGGAGGCCCUGACAGCAGUCACUGCUUCAGCCUUGACAGUAUAUGAUAUGUGCAAGUCGUGGAGCAAACGUAUUUGUAUACAACAAAUACAACUUUUGAGAAAAAGUGGAGGAAAAAGUGGUCUUUAUGAGAAGGACUCUUUCAGUGCAAGUCCUCCUUAUAAGGAAGACUUAUCCUAAUGAUACUUGAUUAUUUAAUGAGGAAAUAUACUUUGUCAUAGGAAU